GGAUUUCAUGGCGCUCCUCGCCGCCGUUUAGCUACAUUGUAUCCCCACAGCGCCGAGAGGGACGGAGGAGCCGAGCCGAGACUCCGCGAGAGACUGAAAGGAAAAUAUAACGUUAUUUAUAUUUACACAAACCGAGAAAUACACACGUUCCCCCGCGGGGAGAGCCGGAGGACAGCGGGCUGGAUGGAUUGGAUGUAUGUUGGGGUCGGGCUCGGAGCAGAAGCGUGUGAUUCCAGCGUGCUGGGCUGAGCUGAGCUCGGGGUUGGAGCUGCCAUGCAGGUCUCAGCCAGCGUUUCCAUUUUUGAACGGGAUCCUGGAGUGUGAUGGCUGCGGUCCAGCGAAUUGCUGGCCUUCCCUUUCUCUAGUCGCUGGAUGUGUUGGGAGUAUCGUGUGCUUCGUGUUUUUUUUUGUAGGGGGGGAUUUUUGAUUUUUUGACAAAACGGCUUCUAGCUCCAUCUAUGGAAUGUACAUGAGUGUUGUCUGGAUUUUAGGAGUUUGUGAGUGGGGGCAAGAUGUGGGUGCUCUGGAAACUGACAUCGAUGCGCUGAGGCUACUGUUCCCCCUUCUCCCCGCACCCUGGAAGUCUGAGAAAUCAGACGUCAAAGUGACAGACUCGGGGAGCUGGCACUAAAAUGUCCCUAAGUGGUGGCACUGCAGGCGGGAAAGGUGUGGACUCGAAUGCGGUGGACACUUAUGACAGCGGUGAUGAGUGGGAUAUUGGCGUUGGAAAUCUGAUUAUCGACCUUGACGCUGACUUAGAGAAGGACAAGCUCGAGAUGUCUGGCUCAAAGGAGGGCGGGGGAAUGGCGGCACCACCUAGUGCCGUCGCGGCUCUGCCAGACAACAUCAAGUUUGUCAGUCCCGUCGGUGCCCCUCAAGGCAAAGAGAGCAAAUCGAAAUCCAAGCGCAACAAGAAUUCUAAAGACAAUAGUAGCAAGUCUCCGGCAGGAGACGGAGCCAAGAAAGAGCACCAGGGACGAACCCAAGCGGAGGUAACUGGCACAACAGGUAAUUCGGGAGGCACAGGCAACUCCACGCCUGGGAAAGGCAUGGAGAAGGGUGGGAAGGCCUCCCGCGGCGUAACCAACAGCAAAAAGGAGAAGGAAGUAUCGGGUGGGAAAAACAAGAAGGAGAAAAGCGAAGGACCGGUCGCGGUGGUCGCUAUUGAGAAAGAGGUCGCUGCUAACGCUCAAGCACUUGGGAACAAUACACGUAGCACCUCCUUUGACAGUGCACAGAAUGCUGACAUGGCUGUGACAGAGCCUCAUGGGAAUAAUGCCCUGGAAUCUGUAGGAAUAGUGCCCCUGGCCAUUAAAUCGGAACCUGAGGAGAUGGAUAAUGGUGAUUGCCGAGCACUGAAGAAGGUGAAAAAUGAAAAGAUGGAGUCUCCGGUCUCCACCCCGGCCCCUCCCCCGCUCCACCUCCUCGCCUCGGUGGGAAACACUGACAUCGCCUCUCCGUGUGAGCAGCUGAUGGUGCGGACGCGCUCCGUGGCUGUCAACACGUCUGACGUGGCCUUGGCCACGGAGCCCGAGUGCCUGGGGCCCUGUGAGCCGGGCACCAGCGUCAACCUGGAGGGCAUCGUGUGGCAGGAGACUGAGGACGGGAUGCUGGUGGUUAAUGUGACAUGGCGGAACAAGACGUAUGUGGGUACGCUGUUGGACUGCACCCGCCAUGACUGGGCUCCCCCUAGGUUCUGUGAAUCCCCAACAAGUGACUUGGAGAUGAGGAAUGGCCGUGGCAGAGGUAAAAGAAUGCGUCCUAACAGCAACACCCCGGUCAAUGAGAACAGCAACUCCUCUGACAACAAGGCCAGCAACAAUAGCAAGACUAGAGCCGGAUCCAACAGCAAGGGUCGGCGCGGCAGCCAGAACUCCUCUGAGCGAAGGACCCCGCCCAACAGCACCACGGAAGAUGUCAAAGCCAGCCCUUCCUCAACUGGCAAGCGCAAAAACAAGCCUGCUUCCGAUAUGGAGCCCAACUCCAGCUCUGAGGACACUAAAGGCAACAAACGCAUGCGCACUAACUCUAACAAUGCAGUGACGCCUUCUGGACUACCUAUUCCCACCAUUAAAACUGAGUGUCUUCCCCCUCCCCUAGACCGGAGCUGCCCCUCGCCAGUACUUAUUGACUGUCCGUACCCCAACUGCAACAAGAAGUACAAGCACAUCAAUGGCCUGAAGUAUCAUCAGGCCCGUGCUCAUAAUGACGACGACAUUAAGCUUGAAAUAGAUGGGGACAGUGAGUAUGGCGAGGAGUCAUCCCUUCACCCAGAACCAGGAAGCUGCAACGGUGCCUCUGUCACACAGAAAGGAUCUCUCUCCCCUGCCCGUUCGGUUACUCCCAAAGGAAGAGGAUUUGAUGCCCAGAGCUCAUCUCCUUCCCCUGGAAAGUUAGGUUCUAAGACUAAGAAGAAGAAUGGAGAAGCAGAUGCAGAAGCUUGUGGCAUUCCCAUGGAUGGCUGCGAGGAUGGGCCUUCCCUCACUGAUGAUGCUAGUAAUGACGGCAUGGAGGAUAAGAAGGCCAUAAAAUCUGGCAGCGCCACAAAGCCUGACAAGCACUCCCAGAAGAACAUGAAGCCUUCCAGGCCGAUGGCACCAACCAUCCCUUCCCAACAGAUGUACUCUCUACAGCAGCCUCCUUUUGCCUCUGGGAGCCCUAACCAUCCUCCAGGAAUAAGCUCAAUGAUGCAAAAUGUUCCCAAGAGCCCCCAGCUUAAAGGCAUUCAGCCAAAGCCAGGUGUGCCUGGAGACUCUUCUCCAAUGAACCCUGUUCUGGCAAACUCCAAGGACAAAAAGAAAAAAGACAAGAAAAAGAAAGAGCCUGGUAAGGAUGCAGACAGCCCCAAGCCUCCAGGUAAAGGAGGCAAAGCAGAAGGUGGGAAAAGUCCCUACUCAGAGUCCUCUGAUCCUGGAAGUAGAAGCGAAGGUCAUCUCAACGGCUCUUCCGAUCUUCAUCAGAGUCGCCUGGCCAGCAUUAAGGCAGAGGCAGACAAGAUCUAUAGCUUUACUGACAAUGCUCCUAGUCCAUCCAUUGGAGUGGCGAGCCGAAUGGACAGUAGCGGACAGCCACUCACUCCCCUCCAUGUAGUCACUCAGAACGGGGCGGAUAACUCUUCAGUGAAGACGAACAGCCCUGCGUACUCUGAUAUCUCUGAUGCCGGAGAGGAUGGUGAAGGCAAAGUGGAAGGUGUAAAAUCCAAGGUAGAAGAUCAGUCUGUGAGAGAAGGAGCCAAAAAGGCUCUCUUUCCUGCACAGGCACCCAGCAAAGAGUCCCCUUAUUACACUAGCUAUGACAACUACUACUCUCCAAACUAUACCCAUCCAAGCCCUGGCAGCGCAAGUGCUGGUGGUCCGCUGCCAGAUGGCCAAGCUGUAAAGGUCAAGAAAGAGGAAGAGCAGGAGUCCAACGAGGAGAAAGUGAAACUGGAGCCUCAGGAGGAACGCAAAGGGGACGCUGCCUCUUCCCAACCACAUCAUCAUCAUCAACAACAGCAGCAGCAACAGCAGCAACAGCAGCAGCAGCAGCAGCAAGCAUCAGUCAUCCAGCAACGGUCCAACAUGUACAUGCAGCCUCUGUACUACAGCCAGUACUAUGUUCCCCCCUACAGCUACCCAGAUCAGGUCUACCACAACCACCUCAUGAACACUAACUCAGCCUACCGGCAGCAGUAUGAGGAAAGGCAGAGACUGAUGGCUGAACAGCACAGGGCAGCUGAGAAGAAGGCAGGGGAAGUGAAGGACAGGGAGGCAUCAGUGAAGGAGGAGUGGAAACAGAAGGGUUCUGUUCCUCCAGGGCUCACAAAAGCCCCGAGUCUGUCAGACCUGGGAAAGCCACAGGCGCCCAGCAAGCAGAGAGACCCAACGUCUGAGCCGACCAAGUCAGUAAUCAUCCCUAAAGGGGAGGAGGUUAAGCUCCAGCCACAACAGGCUGAGGGCCUGAAGGUGAAGCUCAGUGAAGGUGGCCAUCAUGGCAAAGAGGACUCCAAAACGGGAGUGGAGUCAGCAAGGACGGGGAUGGAUCAGGCCAUGUGGUAUAGACAGUAUCCAGAGAGCCAAAGGCAGGCGGAUGAAGAGCGAGAGCGUGACCGCGAGAGGAAGAGUAAAGAGGAGAGGCCCCGGCCUAAAGAGACUAGCUCCAAAGAUGAGAGCAAGGAGAGUGCAGAGCGAUCGUCUGCCCCUGCUGCGGAGGAUUACAGGGGGGCAGGGAAAGACCCUCGGGCAAACGCUCACAUGCCUUUCUCCUCUGCCCUGGCACAGCAGCAACCGUACAUGCACUACAUGCAUGGAUACCCCUACGGGCAAGGCUACGACCCCAACCAUCCUGGAUACAGGGGGAUGCCUUCGGUCAUGAUGCAGAACUAUCCAGGUUCCUAUCUGCCUGCUGGUUACCCGUUCUCGCCCUACGGCGGUAAGAUGGGCGGCGAGGAAGGAGAGAAAUCUCGCUCCAGCCCCACGGUCAGCAGCAAGUCAGCUUCAGAGGCCAAAGCCCUGGACAUCCUGCACCAACACGCCAACCAGUACAAGAGCAAGUCCCCCACGGUGAGCGAGAAGCCGCCCCACGAGAGGGAACGAGGAGUGGGGGAACGGGAGCGCGAGAGAGACCGAGAGAGAGAGAGGGAGAGGGAACGGGAAAUGGAUCGGCCUCGGUCGUCCCCUUCUCAGCGAAUAAUGCCAUCCCACCACCACCUCGGCUACCCCCUCGUAUCUGGCCAGUAUGAUCUGUCUUACGCCACAGGCCUGUCAUCGUCAGCUAUUGUUGCCAGUCAGCAAGCAGCAGCCCCCUCCCUGUACCCACCAGCUCGGAGGUGAGAAUGGGAACCCUGAUUGCCUCACCUCAUCUCUACAGAAUACACAUGUGACUGGAUCACAUGGGGAAGUAUAUGGAGUUCAUUUAGACAUCAGUUGAAUGGUGUUUCUAUAUUUUUAGUUUUUUUUUUUUGUUGAUGUUUUUUUCUGCCGGAAUGUGUGGCAGACCGAUGUUUUCUUAGCAUCCGUACCUCGUACCCCACUGAGGACUGUGAGACCAGGUUCAAAGCCAUCCUGCCCCGCCCCCCUCCCGGCUGCCCACCGGACUCUCUGUCCUCCCUGAACUUUGAGCAAGUCAAGAGAGAGGAGUCAGUGAACAGAAAAACGGAGGAAGAAAGUGGAAUAAGGAGAGAAAUCCGCGCUCGUGAAAAGUGCUGACUGCGUACGGCUGCGGAGGCACGGACUUGUGGGCUGAAAAAAACGAAGAUAAAGACUGAACAUAGUUUAUCACGUUGAAAUGGUUGAAGUUGUUCCCCUUUUUUCUUUUCUUGUUUUUUUUUUUUCGUUUCGUUUUUUCUUUUUCUUAUUUUAUAAUUUUUUUUGCGAGCACAUCCUCAAUUCCACUCCUGGCUUUGGCAGCGGUUGUGUUGCAGAUUUGUGAGUGCAGGGGUGCAGGUUCUCGGUUCUUUUUGGCAUUGUCUCAUAAAUAUAUCUCUCCCGAUGAUGGUCUCUACAUGGUUUUCGUCGCCACGCGCCUCAAGACUGCUCUUUUUUUAUUUGAUGAUGACGACAACUUAUUCAGGAGGGUCAGCGUCCACGUUUUUUAACCACACCCACUGACACAACCCAGCUCCUCCCCAACAAUACUCUCCCACCCCCUCAGAUUGUUUAAGGUGCAAGGGACAGGAAAUUUGAGUGUCCUUGUCCAUGUUUUUAAUAUAUUGCAAUUAAAUUGUUUUUGAUGGUAAAUUAGAAAGAGAUUUCAGUGUUUUGAUCCAGUAUUUAUUAAAGACGUAUCAAGCUAAUGUUGGUUGGUGAGAUUGAUGCACAUCCUGCUUCUUUUUUAGGCAAUUUUGGCUCAGUUUAAACCUCCUACAUUGGACAGGUGCUUGCCCCGUUUUAACACUUGGCCUGCAGACCUGCAGACGUUAAAGGAGACUGACUUGACUGCCAGCGGAUGUCGUGCUGCGUCAUAUCAUGUCAUACAGAAUAACUGGACCCUAGGAAACGUCUCUUUUUGUUACAAAACGACAGCAUUCAGACAUCUGAGGCCUCACAAGUAGCGUAUCACUGACAGCGGGCUAAUCGACUGCUCUAAGGUCAGGUGGUGGUUUUAUUAGAGCCACGUCAUGUGAUCUGUUGGCUGGUGACGUGUUUUUAUGGAGUUCACUUGCAUGGGGCCGUCUCUUCCUAGUUAAUGAUUGAUCGUUGAAGCGGUCCUGAGACGAAAAGUCUAAUGUAAUUUAAAUGUCCCUUUUUUCUUGUCCUUUUUUCUCAGAGCCCAUCCUGUUUUUUUCUUAGCAGGUAUGCGUCAUGUGGGUCAGCAUGGUGAACUAUAGCACUAGAAAUGUGACAGUGUGUCUUCUCAGGCGACGCAAGCUUCGUUCCUCACACCGUUUUUGAUGUCGCAUUGCUGUCUUGCUCUGCACACAUGAUAUGGUGUCUGUAUAUGAUGUACAGAGGAAUUAUUUUUAAGAAUCGAGCGACUGGAAGCAUUCGAUUCAUGGUGUUUCAGUGCUGUUUUUGGAAAUGUUAUAAAAGCUAUAAAAGUUCCUGAGAUUUUUCUUUGUUUUUUUUUCCCCAUUUGUCUUCUUUUAUUUUAGUUCUCCAAAUGGUUUUCUAAUCACCUCCUCUGUGUACCUCUGUACUGAUUUUGUUUUUCUCAGUUUGUUUUAUGGGAAAAAUAGGGAUGCACUGAAGUGAAAAAUUUGGCCAAUCCCCAAACAGAACAAAAUGAAAGAUUUCUGAACACAUAAUUUACCAGGUUUUCAUUUAUUUAGCCUUUUUUUUAUCUAUUGCUUAAAUGAUACAAGCCUAAUAAUAUACAGUGCUUUUGUCUUGCAUUACAAAAAAAUACAAUUACACAAAGUACAAUUUCAAAAUAUUUAUAAAUACUGAAUGUUUUCAACAUGUCAACUAAUUUUGAUUAUAUCGUAUCUUAAGAAAACUUCAUAGUUUGGUAUAAAUUCAUAAAUUCUGCCUUUUCACUUACUCUUUACUUAUUUGUUCCAUCUUUUCGGCUAAAUUCUGCAUUUCCUGUUCAGUACAGUCAUUCGGUGCAUCCCUACUCCAAAUCUCUAUAUUCUGCCAGCAUUGGCAUCAGGACUUGACCCAGUUUUAAUGACAAAGUUAUAAUAAAGCAAAAGAAAAAAGAAGACAAAGAAGAAUUGAUGAAUAAAGCGAUUGAAAGUUUAAUGGUAGCAUAUCUGAAGCAUUCUCAGAACUUUCCAAGAGUUAUCUCCUGAUCUCUGAUGCUUAAUCUUUUCUCGUUAAAAAAAUCAGUUCUUUUUUUUUUUAUCCGAGUUUUCCUUGAUCUUCAGCAGCAGCGCGCUCUCAGCAGUAGGUGACUGAAGCACUGAAGUGGAAUGCAGUGGGACAUAUUGGGUUUCAUGUUGCUCCCUAAAAGCUCCAUUCUUAAAUCUAUCAUAACAGUUCUUUGGGUUAAGCGUUUUGGGGCCGAGUUUUUUGGCUCUUCAUCCUCUGCGCUGGCUGACUGUAGCGCGGCGAGAACCUGACCAGAACACUGAACUCUGCUUGGGUUGAGUCAGAUUUCCUGAGAAAGAUGUUCAGCGUGGUGUUUGUCUUCACUGUACUCUGUGAAAACCCCUCUCGAAUGGUGCUCGACAGACAUCCAUUGAUAUCUCCACAGUAGAAGCUGUGCACUUUUGCAUGGUUGGCAUCGUUCUUCACACUGGACCCCCGGCUUUUCUCCUAACGGAACUCCGCCCCACCCGUCUCUGUCUGAAUCAGAGGGUCCUUUUCCCACCACCCUGUGAAGUAUCAGCCGCUGGUACUAAAGGAUGUUUACAUUUUUUAUGGUUUUGGUUUGAAAUAAUUCCUCGACCCCUAAUCGCUCAGAUCCACCUGCUCCCUCCUGGACUGUCCUCUUAUAUGUAAAGUGUACAUUACCAUAUUUCUUUUUUUAUACAAUACUGUAACUUGCCUUUGUACAUUUAGGCAAAAAAAAUAAAUCUUUUUAUGAGACAAUCACA